AUGUCCGAGGUGUCAUUCGCCGACUUCGUGAAGGAAUCCCGCGAGAAGAAGAAGCGGGAGGCGCUCGCGCAGGAGAUACUGGGCAGCCGCGGACGCAAAGCCGGAGCUGGAGCUCUUCCCAACACGCGGAAUGGCGCGCAGAAACCGAGCCUUGUUAGUCGCAUGAGCAGCAGCAGCGGAGUCAACAAGUCACGAUCUUCAUCGGCGAAACCGGCGGCCAAUAUUGAGGGGAAGUGGCAGCACGAUCUCCACGAUGCCGGCAACCACCAGGGACCUCCGAAGAAACCGUACCGCGCGGCGUCGGCCUCGCAGAUCGAUCGCAAUACCCGAACCUUCAAUAAGUUCCGAUCCGUGCUGCAGGAUAAUGUCUCGGGUUCGGAUUCGUCUGGCUUCAACAUCAAGGGAGUUGCCACUGGAGGUCCGUUUACCGUCAUUGCGAGCAACUUUGCGAUUGGAACCACUGCGGCGGACAUUGAGGCCGUCAUGGUGCCGAUUGCGAAUGAGCGAGAUGGAACCGUUCUCAGCUGCAGGCUGAUCAGCGCCAAACCCACCGUCAUGGUUGAGCUCACAGUCGACAAGCGGGACGCUGCCCAGAAUAUCGUCGAUAUGUUCAACAACAAGAAGGCAUGUCCAUCGAAUCGCGCCGAUGGCAGGCUGCUAUACGUGUACAUUAAGGAAUCCACCGGUGCUGCGCCUCAACAACGACCUGCGGCUCGGCUCACUCAAUCUUUUGAUGACAUGGAGGUGGACAACACCAGUAGCGCUCGGAAUGGCAGUUACCAGGACGGUCGCUUCGGCUUCAGCGAGAAUGGAUAUAGGGAACCUCCACGGGGACCGCGUAGACGCUACUGA